AUGAAAGUCUCAAUCGCUAUAUUAACUGCUAUUGCUGCUACUUUAGUCUCUUCAGCUCCAGUGAAUUCAACAAAACCAACUAAUUCAAUCAACGAUCCAAUUUUAGAAUCAUUAAUAGAACCAGACUUAACUAAAGAUGAAUAUAUUGCACCAACUGAAGAAUGUAUCCGAACUGGUCAUUUUCAUGCUUAUGGUUAUUAUUUACCACAAAAAAGAAAUCGUCACAGACUUUGUAGUGAUGUUUAUAAUGAAAGACUUGCAAAAGGUGAGAUUCAACCAGCAAAGAGAAGUCGUAAAAACCAAGGUCAACUUUACGAAUCAGGAAGUGAUAAAAUACCUCAUUGGCUGUGGACAGCACCAAUAGCUGCAUGGGAACCUCAAAAAAGAGAUGCUGAAGCUGAUGCUGAAAGUGGUAUUGAUGCUGAAAAAAGAGAGUGGACUUGGUAUGGUUAUUAUGAACCUCAAAAAAGAGGUGCUGAAGCUGAUGCUGUAAGUAGUGUUGAUGCUGAAAAAAGAGAGUGGAGUAGAUGGCCUUAUUAUGAACCUCAAAAAAGAGAUGCUGAAGCUGACGCUGAAUUUGGUGUUGAUGCUGAAAAAAGAGAGUGGAGUAGAUGGCCUUAUUAUGAACCUCAAAAAAGAGAUGCUGAAGCUGAUGCUGAAUUUAGUGUUGAUGCUGAAAAAAGAGGUUGGACAAGAUACGGUUAUUAUGAACCUCAAAAAAGAGAUGCUGAAGCUGAUGCAACUUUCAAUCUUGGUGUGUAUAUGGCUCCACCUGAUGCAACUCACCCUUAUCGUCAUAGGGUCAAUCUUAUUUGGGAACCUCAAAAAAGAGAUGCUGGAGCUGAUAUUUAA